CAACAAAAACCAUGCGUUCCAGAAAUUUAUUUAAAAUAAUUCAAAGCUCAAUUGAAUAAAAGCAAAUCACUGGGAUCGCCAUUAGUUAGUCGCGAUGGUUUCAUUGCACAUAAAGAUCGCUGCAGCGGGGCUGGCAUUACUCUCCAGCUUUGUCCUUGCGGCAAACAAAAUUUCGACGCCGCAGGAACAGACUCAACUGCUGGACCAGAACUGCGCUGUCCACUCCCCCCAGCUGAGUCGUUCGUAUCCGAGGAUCCUUGGGGGACAGGACACAGCUCCAGACUCCAGCCCGUGGAUGGCAUUGAUAACCAAGAACGGAAGAUUCAGUUGUGGUGGCUCUCUGAUCAAUGCGAGAUAUGUCCUAACUGCAGCGCAUUGCGCAAGUCCCGAGCCACUAAAGGUCCGGCUGGGGGCGUACGACAUAGAGACCUACUCCGUCGAUUCGGAGGAGAUUGAUGUUGAACUACAGAUUCCCUUCACGAACUAUCAAUCAUAUCUGACGGAUGACAUAGCUCUGUUCCGACUGGCGAGGCGUGUGGUGUACAAAGACCACAUCAUACCGAUCUGUCUGCUCCUGGAACGAAAUUUUUGGAACCAGCAGCACUUGGUUCAAAGGUUCAAUGUCACGGGCUGGGGCAAAACCAGCAGCGGGAGAGCUAGCCGUGUACUUCAGACCGCCUCCCUGAGGAACCUGGGUCGAGAAAUGUGCACCGCGAAAUUUUCGAGAAACAUCACCGAGGCGCAAAUCUGUGCGGGUGCAGUGAAUACAUACACGUGCUCGGGAGACUCUGGCGGUCCGUUGAGCGCUCUGAUAAAAUACGGACGUAAGCAGCGGUUCGUUCUGUUCGGGAUUGAUAGCUUCGGACUUACAAAUUGCAACGGUCCCACCGUCUUCACGAAUGUCAUGUACUAUAUGGCAUGGAUCGUGCAGACCGUACGAGACCGUAGCCCCACCCAUAGGGGUCUGCCGCCGGCACCAAACCAUAGACAGUGGCCAAAGAGACCAUCUGCCAUUAGUUCUUCCGAGACUCCGCCCGAAAUGAAGAUCGCAGUGGCUGGAUUCGGAAUACUCGCCUGCCUGAUCCUUGAGCUAAAGCAGGGAUCGACGACGUUUCUCGAGGAGAAUUGCGGAAACACAUGGAACAUACCCGUCACGUAUAUAGCGGGUGGAAGAGCUGCAAACAUAAGAGCCAAUCCGUGGAUGGCCUAUCUGCGUGUGGGGUCCAAUUUCCUGUGCGCAGGAACACUCAUCCACAGCCGCUUUGUUUUGACAGCUGCGCAUUGCAUAGCGGAGGGAGAGAUAAUAACCGUGCGUUUGGGAGAGUACGAUGUGGAGAAGGUGAGGGACUGCAGGGGGGCGUACUGCAUCGGUCCUUAUGAGGAGUACGAGGUAAACAAGGCCUAUCGCCACCGAUCUUAUUCAGUAUCCCUCCGCCAACAUGACAUAGGUUUGCUAAGAUUAAGCCGCACAGUACAGUUCACAGAACACAUCCAGCCGAUCUGCUUGAUCAUAGGAGCCGAUCAGAGAAAUGUAGACACCUUCCAGUCGUUCAUUGCCACCGGCUGGGGCAUGACCCAGGACCGCACUUUUAGCCGCACCCUUAGGACCAUCGUCCUUAAUCGCUUAGACAUCACCGAGUGCUCGCAGAGGUUCAAUAUCGACAUUGGUGGGCAUCAGAUCUGCGCUGGAGACUCGACGGGGGACACAUGCAGUGGGGACUCUGGCGGUCCUCUGGGCAAGUGGGUGCGGCACGAGGGCAAAGUGCGCUUCGCCCAAAUCGGGAUCAUCAGCUACGGCAGCGCCCAGUGCGUUGGCCCGAGCGUGAACACGGAUGUCACGAGCCACAUGUCGUGGAUAGAGAAUAUUGUGCGAGGACAAUUGAUUUGAUGGAUAAUAUUUAUACGUUGAAAUUUCAAUGUUGCCCGUUUUUGAAUUUGAGCAGCGCCCUCUGUAAAGGCGACAAAAUGUAUUCACGCCAUCUAUUGGCUAAUGAUGCAAGUCCCAAGAAUCCAAUCUAUGGCCACCAGAGGGCGGUAAGGUAAUGUGGAACCUGAACAGCUUGUGUCAGAUGUCGAUAAAAUGUAAAGUGUACACAGAAAAAUCGUAGCAUAUUUUUGGGUGCAAAUGUAAAAUUCGAGUAGAAAAGUUGGCGCGAUU